AUGUCACAUCAUCCAUCGUAUACAAUGGCUGCGAUUUGUGCAACGGGGGGCAUUAUUGGUUAUGCAAAAGCCCGGUCAGUCCCUUCGAUUGUAGCAGGACUUGGUAUUGGAGCAGCAUAUGCUAUAUCUGGAUUCCGUAUUAAGGAAGGAAAGGAUUAUGGUCAGGAAGGUGCCCUAGCAACAUCAGUUAUCUUAGCUGGUUCAAUGUUGCCUCGUGCCAUUAAAGGCG